CGCUAUCUCCUUUCCCGCUAAAAUUCCCUUUUUUAGUUUCGUACUGGUGCGUGUCUCUAACGUCUUGAUUAAUAAACCCUAGAUUUGCGAUUUUGUUUUCCCUUUUCUAGGAUAUUACCGAACACUCGAACAGGCUCCGGUUCCAUAAUACCGAGACACAGUGAAUCACUGAGCAACGGAACGCUCUUCUUUCGCUGUAUCUGAUUUUGGUAUCAUAAUUAAUUGAUGGGUGAUGCCGGUAACGUAAGCAGUGGCUCCCACCAUGGAUUAGAUAAAUCUAAAUCUCCAAGAGGGCAUUCUCUUCCAAAUAGAGUGAGCCCAAGACUUCAAAACAUACCCAUUAAAGAAAGACCAUACUAUGGGAAUGAACGGAAGAGAUUAUCAGACCAUCCUAAGGAUGAUGUUGUCACGAAGAAUGCUAAAGUUGAUCAUGUAAUACAGGAAGACCUUUCUAAUGUGGCUAGAGUAGAAAGGAAGGAUAAAGUCGGAAAAGGUUGUCUGGCUGCUUCGGAUAUUCUACCUUCUGAAUGCGGUGAACGUGAGAUUAUAGUUUUAAGUGAUGAUGAUGAUGAUUUAGAUUCGACGCCGUUUGGUGGUAUUCCAGCUGAUUCUACUGGCAAAAGCCCCACUGCAAGGGUGAAGGAGACAUUGAGAAAAUUCAACACUCAUUACCUUCAAUUUGUUCAGAAAGGGAAUCCAUCUGAUCCUGUUAAGGGAUGUACACGUCCAGACCUGAAGGCUAUUUCCGAAAUGCUGCAGAGAAAGGAAAUUUUGUAUCCCCAAAAAAAGUUUGGAGAUCUACCAGGCAUAAAUGUUGGGCAUCAAUUUUUUUCUCGAGCUGAAAUGAUGGCUGUGGGUUUUCAUGGACAUUGGUUGAAUGGAAUUGAUUAUAUGGGAAAAGCUUACGGUAAAUUGGAAGACUACAAGGGCUAUACUUUCCCACUUGCGGUAGCAAUUGUAAUGUCUGGCCAAUAUGAAGAUGAUGUUGAUAAUUCAAAUGAAAUUGUAUACACAGGCCAAGGUGGAAAUGACUUACUUAAUAGCAAGCGCCAAAUUAAAGAUCAAGUUUUGUGUCGUGGUAAUCUAGCUCUUAAGAAUAACAUGGAGCAACGUGUAGCAGUAAGAGUUGUCCGUGGACAUGACUAUGCUAAUGGUCAAAGCCGCAGAGUGUACACAUAUUGUGGUUUGUACAUGGUUGAGAAUUACUGGAGUGAGAAAGGUGUUUCAGGAUUUAUCAUCUUCAAGUAUCGCUUGAGACGGAUGGAAAGGCAGCCUAAAUUAGAAAUAGACAAGGUUCAUUUCUCUCGAGGAAGAGUUUGUAAGGCUUCUUCUGAAUUACCUGGGUUGGUAUGUAUGGACAUAUCGAAUGGCCAAGAAGCUAUAUGCAUUCCUGCUACUAAUCUAAUUGAUGAUCCUCCCACUGCACCUACAGGGUUUGAAUAUACAAGGUUUAUACAAGUUGCGAAAGGUUUGACCAUUCCCUCAAGUGCCCAAGGAUGCAACUGCAAGGGAAAAUGUACCAAUUCAAAGACUUGUUCCUGUGCUAAGUUGAAUGGCUCGGACUUCCCCUAUGUCGAGCAAGAUGGUGGCAGAUUGAUUGAACCAAAGGAUGUGGUUUUUGAAUGUGGUCCAGCAUGCGGCUGUGGACCUAAUUGUGUCAAUCGUACAUCUCAGCGGGGAAUAAAAUACCGACUUGAGGUAUAUCGUACUGAGGACAAAGGGUGGGCUGUUAGGUCUUGGGACUUCAUUCCUUCUGGCGCACCUGUUUGUGAAUACGCUGGAGUUCUGAGGAAGAAUACUGACUUAGAAAAUGUCUCUGGGAAUGACUACAUAUUUGACAUUGAUUGCUGGCAUACAAUGAAUGGAAUCGGUGGAAGAGAGAAGCGACAAGGUGAUGAAUCAGUACCCACAAUUGAUGUAGAAAAAAUAGAUGACAAGAUGUUAGAAAGUGAUUCUGAGUUCUGCAUUCAUGCAUGUUCCCAUGGUAAUGUUGCCAGAUUUAUCAAUCAUAGUUGUGAGCCCAACCUCUUCGUUCAGUGUGUUCUGAGCUCUCACCAUGAUAUGAGGCUUGCUAGAGUGAUUCUAUUUGCUGCAGACCCUAUACCUCCUUUUCAGGAACUUACAUAUGACUAUGGCUAUGCCCUUGAUAGUGUGAUUGGUCCUGAUGGGAAAUUAAAGCAGAUGCCAUGCUAUUGUGGCACAGCUGACUGUCGGAAGCGGAUGUACUAGCUACGCAGAUGAAAAUUCAGUCCAUCAAAUUCAAAUCCAUGGUAUUAUAUUCUUCAUGUAUGCUAUACACUAUAUCAAAUUUCUUUUGUGGUGGGAAACCUCAGAAAGAUUCCCAAUUUUUGGCAUUGAUAAUUGGCUGUUCAUAUUUCAAUCGAUUUUCUUCUGGAAAAUAGGUUAAGGGGAUCAUUUGCAUCAAAUUCUGUUCUUUAAAGAGGAGGUUCUACUGAUUUCAGAAAAGCUGGGGGAAAAAUCACUCAAAACUGUUUGCAUAAUUCUUAAUAUCAUUCAUUUAUUGAAAAUUCGAGUGUAAAUUGCGCCUUUUUUUUGUCAAAAAUCUACUUAUUACAGUACUUUUCAAAUAGCAGUUGUAGGAAUAAGCUAGUCAAUCAAUCAAAGUAAACUAGUUUUGGAAGGCAUGUUGGUGGUCUGUCUUCCACUCAAGUCUUGUGCAGUACUUGGAAGAACCAAGGCUCAAAUGGAUAAAAACAUCAUGAUUAUGCCUAGGAAAGAAGAAACCCAGUUGAAGCUCCAAGAUUUCCUUGGACAAAUACCAUCUUCUCUUCUUUCUUACUUUUCCGGUUUAGUGUUCUUUAGAGAGAGAUAUCAAGUGUUUGAUCAAAGCAUAAUGG